CCAGCUAAGUGAAAGUACUAUAUAUAACCAACUUGAUUUGUAAUAUACUAACACCCAUGUGGUAUAAUAUUGUAUUUCCCUAAUUGAAGUUGUCAUCUCAUCCAAAUAAGUCAAAUAUUUAGUUCUUAUUUACAAUUUGCUUGGUAAUUUGUUUGCACAUACCAUUUGAGGUAUGCCUUUUUAUGUCUUCUGAGAUCUUUUUCUUGGUUACUGUACUGUAUGUUUUGUGCUUUAUCCAUUUGUUGAUUGUUAUUCAUAUUAAGUUUCUUAUAUAUUUUUCUCCUAGUAUUUCUUAUAUUAAGUUUUAGCUUUUUGCGCUACUACAAAUCUAAUUUUAGGAUAGAUUUAAUUUUCUUCCUUCUUUUUAAAAUAGUACUAGGAAAAAGUAUACAUCAAAGUUUGCAGUUCACCUCUUGAAUAACAGUUUCAACUUUGCCUACCUGAUAUAAAGAGUUCAUUUGUGGAACUUUAAUGCUUUCUAAUUCUAUUUAGAGAUAUAAUUUGACCAGAAUUUUCGAGUAAAGUUCCCUUUCCAGAUUUUGAUGUUUUGUGCAAUAUGUUGGAUUUUAUAGAGAUCUGAUGUUCCAAGAUUAGCUCUUUUGACUUGCUGCAGUAUUUUCUUCAUACUGCCUUUUAAUAAAACAAAAAAAAAAGUAUGUGGCAAGUUUUCCUUAGUAUUUCUUUCAUUACAAAUACAUACUAUUUCAAUCUAUGUGACACACUUUAUAUUACAAAUACAUACACAUAGAUUCAAUCCGUUUCAAUCUAUGUGACACACUUUCCUUAUAAGUCCGCUCAAAAAAGAAUGACACAUUUUAUAUUUAGCCACACAAAUGUUAACAUGUUUAUGACCACAAGUUUCAAAAUUCUUAUAUCCACAUAAAUGUUAUGACAUGUUUAAGAUUACAAGUUUUAAAAUUCUUUUUUUUCCCUUAAAUUCCGUAUCAAGUCAAACUAUGUCGCAUACAUUGAAACGGAGGGGGUAGUUGCUAUCGAUUUACUUUAGAAAGUAGCUUUCAUCUCAUAGCAUCUCGUUUGUUGUGGAAAAUACUGUGUUGGUUUGGUCUUCAAUGGGUAAUGCCAGGCAUGGUCAAAAAAGUUGCGUUUGGCUGGACCUUAGUUGCUUCACGAGCACUGAUGUGGACCGUAUGGAGAGAGAGUAAUAGGAAAACAUUUUAUAGAAUUGAGAAGGAUUUUGUACACUUGAGGAGUAGCCUUUAUCCCUCAUUUCCUUUUGGUGCACCCACGUGAUUCCUGUAGUUAUAAAACAUCGUUCGCGCAGAACCAUAGUUUUUUGUGCAUUGAGGGUGAAGGAUAGAUAGUUUUAAGAGAUUAAUAACCUGGAAAUAUGGGUACCAGAUCUAGUAAAGACUAUUGUUUCACUUAUCUUUAACCAAAUUCUGAGGAUUAGAGAUCAAAGAUUAUAAGUAGUGAAAAACCAUGUCUAGUAACAUUGAUGACAUGAACAUGAAAUAGACGCAAUGUUUUUUGAAUAUACAAAAAACUCUCGAUUUCUUUUUAUAUGAUCAAGUCGUAGAAUCGAUUGAGAUUUGAGACAGUGAUGGCUGAAAAUCUACCUGAUGUUCUCUCUGUUUUUGCCUUCCUUUUUGCAACUUUGUUGAUCAUGUUAUAUAUACCAUUGACGUCUUGCAACUUGCAGCUUUCAGGUCAUAAUUGGAAUAUAAUAGAUAUGGCUUAUGCUAGUAUUGCUUCUCUUAUGAGAACGAUAGAACUACUCUUGACAUCCAAUUCGCCAAUGCAAUCUCUAAUUUGUGACCACAAAGAAGAAUUUCUCGCUCUUCAGGGAAAAGUUAGUUCCCUGGAAGUAUUUCUCAAGAAUUUUGAGAAAAGCAAUGAUACUGAGGAAAUGGCAUAUUUGGAAUCGCAGAUAAAAGACGUCACAAAUGCUGUGGAACACACAAUUCAACUGAGACUAACAGAAGCUGUAAUGGCAAAUGAUGAAAUGCAGAAAGAAAAGGAACAUAAGAGGCUUUUUGAUAGCCUAAAACAAGUAGCAGAGGAGAUUGAUCAUGUCCAGAAUGAGUCACCAAACAUUCAAGAUUAUAAUACGGCGAGCCAUUAUCAAAGGAAAUGGUUGCUGGAAAAGCUGACACAAUAUGGUGGCUCUUCUGGUAAAUCCAAAGUCAUCUCGAUCACCGGGAUGGGGGGCAUCGGUAAAACGACUUUAGCAAAAGAAGUUUACGAUUAUGAAUCAAUCCGAUCUCAUUAUGAUGUUCGUGCCUGGACUACUGUAUCUCAACAGUAUAAUGUAAAAGAUCUCCUCGAAAGCCUUCUGCAUUCCACAAUGCCUGACAGAUUUUACAUGGGUAAUGAGUCAGAGCUAGCAUCCAUGCUGCAAAAAAGUUUAAAGAGUAGGAGAUAUUUAAUUGUAUUGGAUGACAUGUGGAGCUGUAAAGCAUGGGAUGACGUGAGACAAUGCUUUCCAAGUGACAACAAUGGGAGUCGAGUAUUGUUGACUACCCGUAACAAAGAAGUAGCUUAUUAUGCUGGUAGAAAGAAUCUUUCUUUGUGCAUGGAUCAAGAUGAGAGUUGGAACCUUGCCAAAAGUAUAAUGUUUGCAGAUGAAGCAUUACCAUAUGACUUCGAGACUAUUGGGAAGCAAGUUGUAGAGUAUUGCCAAGGGUUACCACUAGCUAUUGCUGUGAUUUCUGCGCUUCUCUCCAGAUCUAAAAGGACAAUAGAUGAUUGGGAAAAUAUUGCUGAAGAUGUCAUGUCACUUGUCACAGAAGAUCCAUACGAACGAUAUCUACAUGUGCUUGGGUUGAGUUACAAUCACUUAACCAGUGACCUAAAAGCAUGCCUUCUGUAUUUUGGGAUUUUUCCAGAAGCCAGUGAGAUUUCAGUGAAGAGUUUGGUGAGAUUCUGGAUGGCUGAGGGGUUCCUGAAGUCAGAAAAAGACUUGGAAAGAGAGGCUGAGAAGUGCUUACAAGAUCUUAUCGACAGACAUCUCGUUCUUGUCUGCAAGAAAAGUUUGGAUGGCACAAAAAUUAGAUCAUGUAAGGUUCAUGAUCUAAUACAUGAGCUGUGCGUGAGAGAAUUAGCUCAAAGCCAAGACAUUUUUGUCAUGAAAGACGACGUUUUUCAUAAAUCAUAUGAAGAUGAUGAUUUGGAUGAAGGUGAUGAUUCGGGUGGAGAUGGUGAUUCAGAUGCAAAAAAAGCUCAAAGCCAUGCUUUUUCUCCAGAAUUUCAUCAUCUCAGUGCACAUAAAAUGCAGCCCUAUGAUAGAAUGUGUUUGGCCCUUCUUACCCCCGAGCAUGAUCAUUUGAUAAGCAGGCAGAUAGAUGAUGAUGAUUGCACUCUCUUGAAACGAACUCGUUCCAUUUUCUCUUUUUGUCUUAAUUCAACUUUUACUCUAAAUUCAGAGCUUAUUCAUUUUAGUUUACUUAGAAUCUUGGACUUGGGUACCACAAAGUUAAGAAGUUUCCCUCCACAUGUACUAUGUCUCAUUUGGUUGAGGUACCUAGCGUUGUCCGGCAUUGACGAGGAUUUUUACGUUCCUCCAGAAAUUUGCAGAUUAUGGAAUCUGCAAACACUCAUUGUUAAAUUGGAUAGUCCUAGAUAUGUGACUUUUAAGGAGAAAAUUUGGGAACUAAUGCAAUUAAGGCAGCUCAGACUACGUAAAUUUUAUUUGUCAAAUCCUCCAAGGGAAUCUGAUGAUGAGGAGAGCUACUUGGCUUUUUCAAACAUACAUACUAUUUCUGGCUUGUCUCCAAGUAAUUGCACAAAGGAGGUUAUUUCAGGGAUUCGGAAUGUUAAGAAGUUAGUAAUCCAUGGAUAUGCCACCAAUGCUUAUAAAAUCUUUCAAGAAUCUAGACUUUUCAACAAUCUUGUCCAUCUGCAUCAACUUGAAACAUUGAGUUUUGUACUUGUUCUGGACGAAAUUUCACCAGUGACCAUCCCAAGUGCAAAAGCUUUUCCUGUAACACUCAGGAAGUUAAAGCUGGAUUCAACUUUUGUAAGGUGGGAGGACUUGAACAUCAUGUGUGAGUUACCUAACCUUGAGGUGCUGAAGCUGAUGUGGAACGCUUGUGUAGGCGAAGAAUGGUAUCCAAUUGAAGGAGGAUUUACUCGAUUGAAGCUUUUGCUAAUUGCGUAUUGUGAUCUCAAGUACUUGAAAGCCACAGAUGACCAUUUUCCCGUCCUUGAGCGUCUCUUGAUUAGAGAUUGCCAUAUGUUGGAAGAGAUACCCAUUGAGUUUGCAGAUAUUUACUCACUGCAACUCAUUGAGUUAACUGACUGUACAACCGAACUGGAGGCUUCUGCUGCACGAAUUCCACAAGAACAAGAAGACCUUGGAAUCAAACCCGUGGAUGUUCGUAUCUCAUAUUAUGAUCCAGAUGUAUGUUGAUUCAGAGUGACAUUAGCUAAGGUGUUUAAGAGCAGAAGGAUUGAAGUCCAUUGUUCCAAUUUACCAUUACGUUACCAGGUUUAGCAAUACUAUAUGGUUUUCAAGGAGAUGUUAUUUCUCUAAAUUGUAAUUCUGGGUCUAAGUUUUAUACAAUCAUACUUUGAGUUUGUAGAAUUGUUAGUGAUAUUACUGAACUUUUAAA